GAUAAAAUUUGACAUUUAUUGGGUUAAUACUUCAAACGAUUUCGGCAAAGUAUUUUAAUAGAAAAUAAAAUCUUGUAGCUCUCUGUACAAAUUUGAUCACUUGCAAAUAGGUAUUAAUUCUUUAUUGAUAUAAACCUAUUGAGAAAGUCGUCUGCUGGUUUAAACUUGCACGCUCAAAAUAACGUUACAAGAUUUUCUACAUUGAUCUAGCAUAUUAAACAUGUUACUUACAUUUAUUAAAAGUUAAAGAUGGAUUUAAAGCACACAUGCCACUGGAAUUUGGAAUAGUAGACACAACCAGCUGUAGAGAAUCUGCGCAGAAACGAUGAAAAGAAACGACAAGACGUGUAUAUGAAAUAGACAUCAUCGGACGCACGAGAUUUACCAGAAAUUCGAAAAUGAGGAACCCAAGAAACACCGAGCCUAUGUCUUUAUUGGAUGUUAUAAAGAAUGGAUAUUUUCAACAGGUUCGAUUCCUCGUUGACCAUGGUGUCAAUUUAGAUCAGAGAGACGGGGAAAGGCGGACUGCUCUUAUGCUAUGUGCAUUUAUAGAACCGGCAGCAUGGGGCGUUGGUAUAUGUCGUCUGCUGAUAGAAAAUGGCGCCACAUUGUUUUUAAAGGACAAAUAUGGACUGAAUGCAUUUCAUUACGCAGUAAUUUAUGAACGAGUGGACUUAGUGCGUGUUUAUUUAAAGGCAAUAGAUUUCAAUCUAAACGAGGGCGAUAAGCAAGGAAAUACGGCUUUACAUUAUGCUGUGCGGGCCGGCAAUGCCACCAUUACAAGACUUAUCGCACAGAUGUAUGUUAAAUACGAAAUUCACUUUGAUAAGAUGAAUAAUGACGGAUUCACGCCAUUACAGGAGGCACAUCGUCUGAAUAAAAGAAGAUGUGCUAAACUUCUUGAGAAUCCGGACAUUCUAAGUGACACAAAUGGUAUAGAAGCGAACAUUCCAAUGGAUCUGAAAUCAGGGGAUUUCGAUGGUGACAGUUUUUCUGUCCGAAGUUCCAGAAGGUCUUUCGGCCGCCCACGUUCAUCAGUAUUGUCACACAGAAGUUCUAAAUCCAGCAUUUUAACGACAAGCGAAUAUUCAUACCGGCGGACGCCGACGGUGUAUAGUUACGACAUUCCCCGGAGAUCAAAGCGUCGUGACCCGACGGUAGAAAUUCCCCCAUAUGAAAAGAAUGAUAAGAAACUAAUCAGAUGCACGAGCGCAAAUGAUAUACGAAACAACCCCGAAUUUCUGUUUAACAUGUCCCCAAUGCACGAGGCUGGAGAAGUGCAACAGGGUGCUCCCAGACGACAUAUCCGUUCAAAAUCUGCAUUUACGCGAAGAUCUGAAGUAGAGAAUGAUAUCUUACUGCCAAAGUCCAGCUGGAGAACUGACUUAAGAAAACUGUAUGUCAAAUAUCAGUAUCAGUGCACGCCGUCUUAUAGAGAUACAGCUGUCGUGGAAAUAUGUGAUAACGCGUCACUUCCGCCUCUUGACAAACCAAUAACGCCCGCAAAUUCUGAACACGCCAUUGACGAAAUGGACGCUAAAGGAAGAAAAACUCGCGGGAAAAGUGCAACAAUGACCAGGCAAAACACAGAAGAAGUUAUAAACGCGGGAAAAAGCAAACAACCCCCAAAACAAAACCCUAGAAAGCUUUCUCAAAACAUUGGCCACGGGGGUAAAAUAGAAGGAGCUCUCGAAUCGAGUAGUGAGUCUAUAAAUAGUUCGGUUUCUUCAAAGAAACAACCCGAUGGUAAAAAUUCAAAGCCUGUGAAAGAAACUGGUGUAGGCAGAACUAGUCGCAGCAUGAACCAUAAAACUGUACCAGCAGUCAAUGUUGAAGAGGCAUAAAAAUGUCAGUGGUCCGAUCAGACAAAAGUCGGCUACAGAUCAAUCACUAAAUCCUUGCGCACUGGAACUAGACUUGGUGAACUUUUCUAAAAUCAAGUUUCGUGAAACCGGUAUGAAAUGUACGUAAAUAUGAAAGAAAUGUUAAUUUUGUCGCUACAAAGUGAUGCAAAAUUGUGAAAUGUGGAAGGAUAUAUAUUCGUUUGUUUCUACGUACCAUCUGAAUAUUUUCGACUGUAUAUUUGCCCUGAGAAACACAGCCGCGGAUAAAAAUGUUAAUUUUGUGUUCACGAAUGAAAGAAACCUUUUUUGAUCAGAUAAGUAAAACUAACAUUUUUUCAUGUCUUUACGUGUGAAACGUCUCCUACAACCACGACAUCACAGCUUGUUUGUGAGAAGGCCUUUAAAUGAGUUUUAUCAUUUUAAAUAUGGCUGGCGCAUAUUUUUAGGAGCUUCGCAGUACUGAGUACAUCUUUCUCUUAAUCUAAGUUAACUUUCCUUUAAAUUUCCAAUUAUUAAUCACUCUUAUCAAUCCGCGUCCAUACCAAUAAAAGCUACAAAUACACCACUGAAAACAUGAAAAAUUGGGUUUAUCAAAAUUCAACUAUAAUUUUAUAUAAAAAAAUAAUCUGUGACUAGUUCGCUUUACAUAGUUCAAUUUCAGGAUAUUUAUUAUUACAGUAUAUCUUUGUGACACUUCCGCUGUUCCUUUAUUUAUUUUUAUUGUAUAAUUUACCUAAUAUUUACUUUUUUGUAACGAGAGUCAAUAUCCUUUGACUUUAUUAUUUUCUUUAGUUAAUAGAAAUUUUAAUUCCUUUAUAAUCUUUUGAAAGCAGAUUACUUUAGUUAAUGUUUUUUUUAUCCAUACUGGAGUUUUUAUCCAUACUGGAGUUUUUAUCCAUACUGGAGUUUUAGCUUUAAUGUUUGUGUUUCAAAUUCAGGAUUACAUUAAGAUCUACGUGCGACCCAGCUUUUGGAAAUGUUGUAAAAAUCUAAAGGAGUGUCAGCACUUUUAAAGGGACUAUCAGUGGAACUAUAUGAUAUUUUCUGCACAAUUUUUUUUUGUUCAUGAAAGGAACGGCCAAAAAAAAAAACCGCAUGAAACGCUGUGAUAUCAAAUUAAUUUUUUAAAGUCGUUCUUUCAUCACAACGUUCUUAUGCAACGUCCACUUGUACAACUUACAACAUAUCUUCGUCUUCGAGUUUUUGAAAUUUGAAAUUUAGAUCGUAUCACCUAAGUACCACAUAGGAUAUCAUUUUUGUUCUUAAUGUUAAAACUAAAAGCUAUUAUUUAUUAUUCAUGAGUUUGCUACAGAAAGGAUACUUCGUGUAGUUAUUUAUUAAAUCGGAACCAGA